CCCGACCACACCCACUUCAAAUCAACUCCACACUACCCUCGAGAGCCUCAACGACAGCACUGCGAAUGACAAUUACUUAUGAGAUUUGAGUCUUUCAAUCAAUUCAUGUCAAAGCUACCGAGCCAAUUCACUUGAACCACACGCAGCCUAGUCGUCAACGACAACGCGUUCACGAUGUCUGAACAAGGCUCCCCACGCUCUCUCAAGAGAGACCACGCCAGCUUCGAAGAACCCGAAACACAAGAACUCGAAGCCCCAUUCACUGUCCCAGCAGACUUUCUCGAAAAGCUCGCUGCUGAAGAAGCCAAAACUUCAGAAUCACUCCCCACCCCUCGUAUCAGCGUAGGCACCAAAAGAGCAGGCAGUCCAACUCGAAGCACCACAGGCUCCUUGACCGACGCUGGCACGAACACACCUUCGAGAGACCAGUCCCCCAGUGUAGAUACAACCACGCACCCAUUGCUACCUCCCUCCAACGCAGCUCCCGCUUCUGCGUUCGCUGCCCUGACCGGUUCUGCUGCUCCACCACCAAAGAAGGCGAAGCUCACCUUUCAGGAGAAGGAAAUGAAGCGCAUCAAUAAGGAGAUUAAAGAUAAGGAGAAGGCGGAGGAGAAAGCAAAGAAGGACGCGGAGAAGGCCCGCAAGGACGCCGAGAAGCAGGCUCAUGCUGAUGAGAAAGCGAAGAAGGAUGCCGAGAAGGAAGCUGAGCGGAAGAAGAAAGAGGCUGAGAAAGAGGAGAAGCGUCUCGCACAAGAAGCUGACAAGGCUGCUAGAGAGGAGAAGCGGAGAAAGAAGGAAGAGGAGAAGUUGAAGGCUGAGGAGGAAAAGAAGAAAAAGGAGAAGGGCCAGAUGAAGCUGGGUAAUUUCUUCAAUAUCCCUACCGUGGCUCGUCCGAGAGCUUCGAGUGUCGACUCUAGGGGUAGGACGUCUAUGAGUCCGGCGCCACAAUCUUCGAUCAUUAGUGCUGCGGUUGCGAGUCCGAUGAAGACACCAAGCAAGCCAGAGAAGACUGCCUACGAGAAGCUAUUCCCCGAUUUCUACAUCCAACAAGGUGUUACGGUAGCACCCAUCAAUCGGUUCGAGCGAGAUGAGGAGGCUGUUGAAGCUAUUGAGUCCAUUCUCGAUAGCUACUUACAAGGAAACAGGAGUCCUGGUCGUCAACGAACAUUUAAUGCUCCUGAUCUUUUCCAUACUUCAACACUGUACGAUAGACCCCGUGGCAAGAACACGGUACCUGUACGAGAUAUUAUGUCUGAUUUCUUUUCUGGCAACUCUUCCAAGCCAAUCGACCUGACCACCGACUCGCAAAACUCACAAAUCAAGCGAACUGGCGAUUUGUUGAAGGGAAUUCCUAUGAAGAUUUUGCACUUCCAGGAGGACGUUCGACCACCUUAUCGCGGUACUUAUACCAGUCGACCUGUCAGAGGCAUGCCCAAAUUGGCCCGAAAUCCAUUGAGGAGAGACCUUCCAAAUACAGAUUAUGAUUAUGACAGUGAGGCGGAAUGGGUUCAGGAUGAUGAGGAUGCGGAGGACUUGAAGAGUGAAGGUGAUGAGGAAGAGGAGCUUGGUGAUGAUGAGGACAUGGAUGACUUCUUGGAUGACGAGAAUGAUGAAACUGCCAAUUCAAGGAGAAUGGUAAUACAGGGUGAUCUGGAGCCGAUUUCGACAGGACUUUGUUGGGAGGAUAGGAAGAGACGAAAUUCGAAUGUGAAGAUGAUUGCCUAUCGGAUGGAAGUCAUUCUAGAUCCAACUAUCAAAUCCAUCGAUCCCUUCUCAACAGCAUACUGGGACCCUCCAGAACCAGUCAAAUCCACCAUGGAACCACCUCGCAUCCCUCUCAACACCAUGAAAUCCACAUCCGCCAAUAUCAACAGCCUCUUCGCGCCAAAAUCAUCCCCAACCACCGAUUUCGUCAAAUCCUCAUCCAUGCUCACCCCUUCAACCCUCUCCUCGGCCGCCCAAUUCCAACAACCCACAAAAUCUACAACCAAAGACGCUAAACCGAAGAAAUCUCUCUCAGCAGACGACCUCCCUGCUUUCAAAGCCGCUAUCCAAGGCUCGGAUCUGAGUAAAGUUGGCUUGAUCGAGGUGCUGAAGAAGAAAUUCCCUGGUAGACCGGCGGCUGCUAUUAAGGGUACGCUGGAGACUGUUGCGAAGAGAGUGGGUGCUAAGGAGGUUGAUAAGCGGUGGGUUAUCUUGGACUGACUUGGGCAUCUGGAAGAGUUGUAGAUGUCGAGCCAGUGCUGAGUAAACAGAUUUUGUUUCUGAACUGUACAGUUGAUGGGUGGAUGGAUGAGUCCAUAGAUAUAUAGCGUUCUUUGCCUGUUCGUGGAAUUCCCUUUUGUUUUGGGCAGGCGGGCGUUUUUUGGGAUGAGGGAGAAACAAAAUGAUUUCUUUUCUGGUCUGGGGUGUUAUUUGCGCUGCUUUCCUCCAUCGCAAGUCUCACGGAAGGGAACUGAUAGAGGAGCAAGAACCGAGGUCAAAAUGUAUAAUAUUGCAGUGAAAUGUUGUCUGGGCAUGAAUCACAGACGGCAUUGCUUGCUUGCUUGCUUGCUGGCAUGUAGAUAUCUAGAAUUGACCAUGGAGAAUGAAAGAUGAGGAUGAGGAUGAGAAAUGAAAG